AUGUCGCUGAUGAUCGAUACUCCGCUUUCUGCAUUCUCAAUACCCAUUGUUUCUUAUAUUGGUUUAUAUCCGUUUCAUGCGAGGUUCAGAUUGAUCAGGCGUACGAUAGGCUGGGAUAAUGUACAACCACGACAGAACAGAUCACGCGUCGAGAAGGAUGCUCCACAUAUCCUAAAUCUGGUAGACAGAUAUGAAGGCGCACAUAAGGUAUUCCUUUUAUUCCGCAUCGUUUGGUAUAAGGAAAUACAACUGAUCCUCUUAUCGUUUGACAUCAAGAACGGCAUUGAGGUCUUCCCGUUAUGGACAACUGCCGUGGUUCUAGGGCAUUACGCGGGACUAAGGCAUAGAACGUUGAACAUCACUGCGAUAGCUUAUAUCUGCUUAAGAUUAUUAUACAACUUUGUCUACAUCAACCAGAGGACACAGGCACAAGGAUGGGUCAGAACAUGUGUACACGUAUUGUCAAGCUUCUCCGCCCCCAUCCAUCAAGUCCUCAUCCCUGCCUCGAUUGACAUCCCAUUCCAAAACGCAGCUCUUCCCACAGGCCUAAUCAUUGCGGCGGCGAACAAUCUUCGGCUAGGACUCGGCCACAGGGCAGACUGA